AUGCUGCCUCCGCAUCGCGAGCAAACACCCCCCGACGCCGACGCCGCCAUUCGCCAAACCGACUCGGAUGCUGCUCUCGCACGCCUCUCCGCCGUCCAGAAACGCUAUCUCGACGACCCGUUCAUCCGCCACCUCAUCCCUCGUGCUCACCUCCAGCCCCCUCGCCCGCCCCUCAUCAACAUCGGCACCUAUGUGCGUUCCGAGGGCAUCGACGCCCUCGUCGACCGCUGGCUCGCCCUCGCCGAGCAGGAGAGUUCGCAGUGCCAGAUCGUGAGCCUCGGCGCAGGGAGCGACACUCGGUUCUGGCGGCUCGCGACAGAUCCGCGCAAAGGCUGUCUGCGGGCGUACUGUGAGCUCGACUUCCCCGCGGUUACCACGAAGAAAGCGAUGGCCAUCCGCAAGAGCAAGGAGCUCAGUGCCGUGCUCGGAAGCCCUGAUAGCGUGUCUCUGUCUCAUGGAGGGACCGCGCUGCACGCGCCUACGUACCAUCUACUCCCCGCGGACCUCCGCCAGCCCCCUGCCGACGUCCUCGCGCCUCUUGCGUCUUUCCUCUCUCCUGCCGUUCCCACCCUCCUCAUUUUUGAGUGCGUGCUUGUCUACAUGACCCCCGCCGCAUCCGCCGCACUCAUCCAAUGGUUCGUCGACUUCUUCUCUCCGUCGCCACACGCGCCCUCGGGCACGCCCUGCGUCCUCGGUGCGGUCGUGUAUGAGAUGUUCGGCCUCGAAGACGCAUUUGGGCGGGUAAUGCGGGCCAACCUGCAAGCACGCAACGUCACGCUCGUUGGCGCAGAGCCGUACCCCACGCGCGCAUCGCUCCCAACGCGUUUCCUGCAGCACGGCUUCACGCGCGCACAUGCCCUCACCCUACGCGAGAUCCGCCGCGCGUACGUCGCACCACAGGAACAGGAGCGUAUCGCCGCGCUAGAGAUGCUGGACGAGAUCGAGGAGCUCGAGCUUGUCCUUGAUCAUUAUGCUAUAACCUGGGGCGUCAAACUUGCGUGCAACCCGCGCGAGCUCAAGGCACCUUGGAUAGAUUGGGGGCUUGCGCCAGUGGCAUAG